UGUACAUCUAGUAUCUUAUGUACACCUAGUAUCUUAUGUACACCUAGUAUCUUAUGUACACCUAGUAUCUUAUGUACACCUAGUAUCUUAUGUACACCUAGUAUCUUAUGUACACCUAGUAUCUUAUGUACACCUAGUAUCUUAUGUACACCUAGUAUCUUAUGUACACCUAGUAUCUUAUGUACACCUAGUAUCUUAUGUACACCUAGUAUCUUAUGUACACCUAGUAUCUUAUGUACACCUAGUAUCUUAUGUACACCUAGUAUCUUAUGUACACCUAGUAUCUUAUGUACACCUAGUAUCUUAUGUACAUCUAGUAAUAAAUAUCAAUUACUACUUCCCGCACUUUAUCAAUGUAACAUCUUGUUUGGUUAG